AUGCAACUAUCCAUCGUUUCUCAACAAUCAGACUCUGUUAAUUCUAACAACAUCACAGAAUCAGUAGUAAAUCAUGUAUGUGCUAUAUGCGUUGAGGAAAAAGAUAAUAAUUUAUUUGAACUAGUUACCCAAAACUGCAAACAUGCAAAUAUCGUAUGUUCAACUUGUGUAGCAAAUCACAUAAUAACCCAAUUCGAAAGUUAUGGUAAAGUUGAUAUAAAUUGUCCCAAUUGUGACAGUGUGUUUCAGGGAUUAGAUAUAAAGCGAUUUGUUUCGGAAGAGUAUUAUAAAAGAUACGAAUUGAUUUCUUUUAAAGUUGCGCACGCGAAAGUUAAAGAUUUUCAUUAUUGCUUGCAACCAAAAUGCAAUUUCGGUCAACUUCAUGUUGAUAAGGAAUCACCGAUAAUGACAUGUAACAAUUGCUCAAGAAAUACCUGCCUAAAACAUACACUUCCAUUAAAACCAAACGUCAAUUGCAGAAUGUGUGAACUUGAUCGAACAGCCACUUCAAAAAUAUCUCUGCGAUAUUUUCUUAAACUCUCCAUAAAAAUCUUUUCAAAGAAGCCAGAAAUACCAGAAACACCGAAAAAACAAGCAAACCGCGAGGAACGUUCCAGACUGAAGCACUUGAAGAAAGCAAAUAUAAAAUCUAAACGCUUUAUUAAUUGGCAUACAAAACCUUGCCCACACUGCGGCGCUAGAAUUCAAAAAACAGGUGGAUGCAGUCAUAUGCGGUGUUUGGCGCCUGGGUGUAAUAAAUCAUUUAGUUGGUGA